CUCCGGCCGCCCCCGCCCGCCGCCGCUGGUCCGGGCGGCCACGAUGGAGGCGCCGCCGGUCACGAUGAUGCCCGUCACGGGCGGAACCAUCAACAUGAUGGAGUACCUGCUCCAAGGGAGCGUGCUGGACCAGAGCCUGGAGAGCCUCCUGCACCGCCUGCGCGGGCUGUGCGACAACAUGGAGCCCGAGACGUUCCUGGACCACGAGAUGGUGUUCCUGCUGAAGGGGCAGCAGGCCAGCCCGUUCGUGCUGCGCGCCCGGCGCUCCAUGGACAAGACCGGGAUGCCUUGGCACCUGCGCUACCUGGGGCAGCCCGAGAUCGGCGACAAGAACCGCCACGCCCUGGUGCGCAACUGCGUGGACAUUGCCACCUCCGACAACCUGACGGACUUCCUGGUGGAGAUGGGCUUCCGCAUGGACCACGAGUUCGUGGCCAAGGGGCACGUGUUCCGCAAGGGCAUCAUGAAGAUCGUGGUGUACAAGAUCUUCCGCAUCCUGAUGCCGGGAAACACGGAGAGCAUCGAGCCGCUCUCCCUGUCCUACUUGGUGGAGCUCAACGUGGUUGCGCCAGCGGGGCAAGACGUGGUCUCUGAUGACAUGAGGAACUUUGCUGAGCAGCUGAAGCCUCUGGUGCACCUGGAGAAGAUUGACCCCAAAAGACUGAUGUGACUGCAAUGUGGGUGGUUAAGGCACUGGUUUUGUAAGGGUUCCAGAAAAGGGUGUUUUUCUAAAAAGCUUUUUGAGGGCAAAUCAAAACAGGGAGAUGGGAAUAAAGGACUACAUACCAGUUCUGUUACUUGCAAUUACUGAGUGUCUUUUCCCUUCACUAGUGGAUAUGAACAAAAGUGGAGACUUCAACACCAUUAAAAAAAAAAAUUAAAUGUUAA